AUGAAACAGAAUAUGACACCCUCCUAUUAGAUAAUGGAUCGAAUUGGUUUCAUCAAGAAUAUGAUAUCCACUCAUUAAAAAAAACUCAUCACCGAACCUAAACGUAGUUCCUCCUAUUUAGAAACCACUUAGACUGAAAUUGUUAGACGAAGUAGAGAUUCAUUUCAUAAAUAAUAAAGUCAUUUGAAUGAAACAUCUGCAUCUGAUUAUUUAAGUAUACAAGAAAGUGCCAAUGUCAGAUUGUUAAGAGAGGAACUCAAAAUAACCAAAGGUUUAUUGGAUAAGCGAUCAAUUGAGUUGAAUCAAUUAUUGUAAGACAAUCAAGGACUUAGAUCAGAUACGGUCUAAUUGAAAGAAGAAAAUGAAGAAUUAAAACAUCAAUUAAAGAAGGUUGUAAGAGAGAAAGAAGAUUAUAGAGAAGAAU